AUGUAUAAACCACAUCGCUUUGCUAGGCAGCAUGGAUUUCAUCAAAGAUUACCAGGAUUCCAUGUCCUUAAUAAUUGCGCUCGCAUUGAAAAUCAAUGUGAUAGUAGUUAUAACAACCGGUGGAAAUAUGAUGUACUCCCACACCAAGAUGACAUCAAUUGUAAAACCUUGUUAGCUAGUGAAUCUGAGAAUUUCAAAUUCAAAGCUCAAGCUGACGGCUCAGGGAAGGGGAAAUCCCUUCCUACAGUAGCUAAAGCUCCUUCACAUCUUCGAAAACGGGACACUUCAAAAGAUUGUUUGAAUUCUCAAGAACAACCGGCUCCGAAGAUGUUAAAGGUCACAACACCUGUUUUAAGAUUAGCUAAUGUUCGAUCUGUUCAUCCUUUAAACAUCCCGGAGUCUACUGAAGUGAGUUCGUCAAACGAAUCUGAUCAUGCACUCCUUUUAUCCCGCAUGUCUAAGGGUAUUUUCAAGAAACAUGAUAUAGGCUCGAAUCGUGGAAGGAUUCCAAGAGCAAUUGUACUAGUUGAUAAUCUUGGUUCUAUUAAGUAG